AUGUCCUCCGACGCAUUCACAUGGUUGGGCGAUUGGCUUCAAGGUAGCACGAGCACGAGCGCAGAGGAAGAAAUAUCUCUCACAGCAACUCCUGCAACUUGUCAAGAGCAUCACAAUGAGUCAGACGCACCCGGAUGUGAUGGGGACCUUGAGGGUCUCUUUACUGAUUUUGAUUGGGACUUGUCCCCCCGUGGAUCGCGAGAGCCCCCCAGCUCUGAGGACCUCGCCACAAAGGAAGCCACCAUAGGGAUCAACCCUAUGGACUCACUCCUCUGGCGCAGGACCUUCACUACUACGCAAGCUGGAUCCACCAGUGCUACACUGCACAUUUAUCGCACGUUCCGCUACAGGCAGGAAGACGGUAACACCAAUUACAUCAACUACGGCAACGACGACGACGUCUUCGACGCUCCAGCACCGCGCGCUCCUCGUCACAAGAAGCCCCGCUUCGGUACACGCAAGAAUGUCAUUCGCCUUCCGUGGUCCGCAGACGAUCUUGAACGCAUUGCGCUGACCUGCGCGGGUUGGACAAGAGCAGAGUUGACAUUAAGCGGUGGGAGCGAGCAUAUUGAGUUAGGGAGAUCAAGCGUUGUCACUACAAGGUGUAUCACGAACAUUAGACAUACCGUGUACAUCCUUACGAUGUAUGUGGCGUGUAGCGAGGGCCAGUAUAAUCUGUUGCGCCUUGGCUCUUUCCCGUCGGAUGACUCGCUGUUUGGAGAUGUGGCAGAAAUUUGCUGGCACGAUUGCUACGACUUCUGCCGUGUGUUCUCACAGGACAAUGGGGCAAAAUGGCCCCACACGACAGAAGCCAUUUCAUUGGCCGAGCGCGCGCAGCUUUUAGGAUGGGACAGAGAGCAUCCGCCGCUCUCAACCUUCCAGCCACGGCACCCCCCAAAGCCACAUCCGUGUCCAGAUUUUGAGCAAAACAAGAUGUCCCAGCAAAUUGAACUCCCGGUGUUUGUUGCUCAAUAUAGCAACACGCAAGACACUGCCUGGCACUGGGAGAUUGUCGUCAAAACAAAUCCUUGGGUCAAAGGUACCGGCCAGGCUGUCGGGGAGGCCUUUCACAUCAAGGGCGCGACUCAGGCUAUCUUCACCUACGAGCGGAAGCAAAACGUGAAGUAUGGCUCCCCGUCAUCGUUCAAGGGAUGUGUGCUCGUCGGCCACAUCAAUGCGACGGCUCUGGACGCGGCGGACCAAUUGCUGAGCACGGUACCCAUUGUCAACGGCAAUCAUAACUGGAACUGCCAGAACUGGGUGGUACUCGCCAUCUCUGCGCUGGAAAACCAAGGGAGGGCGUUCUUCAAGCUGAAGAAGGGCAGGCCAGUCAAGCAGGUGGACCUGCUUGCGAAGAUGGUCCCGCUGGCCACGGCUUACGAUGCUGUGGUCCAAUCUGAGGACGAGCUGUGA